GGAGAAAAAGGUGAAAAAGGAGAGAAUGGUACACCUGGACUUCGUGGUGCUCCGGGUAAUCCAGGAGCUACUGGCCCUCGAGGAACACCGGGGGAAAAUGGAAAUGAUGUGUUAGACGGACUUGUUGGGCAGGUAGGAACUCCCGGGCCUCCAGGACAAAGGGGAGAGAUUGGUUUACCGGGAAAAAGUGGUCCACCUGGUGCUCCAGGAGAAAAGGGGGUGUCCGGAACUAUUGGAGAGUCAGGUCCAAUAGGCCCUAGAGGACUUAAGGGAGAAUCAGGAGAGAAGGGUUUCCCUGGACCUUCCGGACCUGCUGGCCUACCAGGCCCUCCAGGCGGAAUUGUACUAGGAACAGGAGAGACAGAUGGAUUUUUGUACCCUGGACCAACAGGUUCAAAAGGUGAUCCUGGAAAACAAGGCCUACCUGGAUUGCCGGGAGAAAAGGGAAAUCUGGGAGUAUUUGGAUUUCCAGGGUCAAAGGGAAUUAAGGGUAGUAAAGGAGAGAAAGGUGGCCAUGGAAGAAAAGGAUUUAGAGGAAAAAGAGGAAAGCGGGGUCAAACAGGAAGACAAGGAGCACAAGGAAAAAGGGGGACCCAUGGCUUAUUAGGAGAAGUUGGACAAAAAGGACUUCAAGGAAAACCUGGUUUAACAGGGAAAGAUGGUUAUCAUGGAAUACCUGGGAUGAAAGGAGAAAAGGGCAAUCAAGGUGAACAAGGAGAAGCAGGGGAAAUUAUUAUGGUUGAUGGAGAGGUCAGAAUUGCUCAACCAGGGCCAAAAGGGGAACCAGGUAUUGAUGGAUCACAGGGAGAACCUGGAGAAAUUGGACCUUCUGGAAAACCAGGACCUCCAGGACACGUGGGACUUCCAGGACUCCCUGGACCAUCAGGACUGCCAGGUCAACAGAGUGAAGAGUCCAAGGGUCCUAAAGGUUCUAAAGGUGACCCUGGAUCUCCAGGUGCCAUUGGACCUUUGGGAGAGCCUGGAUACCCUGGCUAUAGAGGACCAACUGGCAAACCAGGUCAGAAGGGUGACAAUGGGGAUACUGGGUCAGUAGGACUAAGAGGACCUCGUGGUUUUAUUGGAAAUGUGGGCCCUCAUGGACUGAUUGGACCUCCAGGAUCUCCUGGAAAUAAUGGGCAACCAGGAGAACCAGGCUUACCUGGGUUACCAGGACCUUCAGGACCCAAGGGAGACUAUGGAACGAUGGAUUUUAAAUUGAGAGGAUAUGGAGGCAUACAGGGGCUAAAGGGUUCUCAUGGCCCCACAGGUUUUAAAGGAAUGGCAGGUGAACGAGGGAAAAUAGGAAAAAGAGGCUCAAUAGGUCCUUCAGGAUCUAUAGGAAUGCCAGGAAUCAAAGGACCUUCAGGAAUCCCAGGAGCUCCUGGAACCAAAGGCCCAUCAGGCAUGCCUGGGCUUCAAGGUCGUCCGGGCAAACAUUUUGUAGAGGAAGAAGUGAGAGAGAUCUGUGCUGCAGUUCUUCGAGAACAGAUGGAUGAAUUAACCAGUGGUCUUCAUGGUCCACGUGGCCAUUCUGGCCAUGGAAGGCCAGGUACACCAGGUCUGCCUGGAAAACGAGGAAUUCCUGGAGAUGCAGGAAGUCCAGGUUUACCUGGAGAAAGGGGAUUUCUGGGAAUGCAAGGGCUACCUGGCUCUCAUGGACACUCCGGUUCUAAAGGAAAGAAAGGUGAUAAAGGAGAACGAGGUUUGGAAGGAGUUGGUAUUGAAGGACCAAUGGGUAUUCAGGGUAUACCAGGUCCAGUUGGACCUCAGGGAUCCAGUCAUCCUGGCCAGCCAGGUGAAAGAGGACCAUCAGGAAGACAAGGUUUGCCUGGAGUCCAAGGUAUUGUAGGUCCACCAGGACCUCCUGGCUAUUGCAAGCUCUGCGUGUAAUUACUGACUACUAGCUUCUAGAGAUAGUGACAUAAAACACACAUUAAAUUAGCCUACUGUUGUGUAUCUCACAGACAAAAUUGAAAGAGAUUUUACUAUAAAGAACCACAAAAGGUAUAAUAGUGAUGUACAGAAAGAGAGAGAAACUGAGCAGGAAAGAAAAGUGCUUACUGUUAUGAUGGUAGUAUGAAACUGUAGUUUCCAAAAUAUAUUAAUAUUUUGAGAAACAAAACUUCGACAUGUCUAGUUGAUUAUUACCAUAAAAAAAAAGAUAUAUCUAGAAAUGAUAUGAGAAAUAACGUGUUCAGAAAAUAUUCUGUAUUUUUAUCUAUGUAUGUUAUACAGUAUAUGUGCUCAAGUGUAAACACUGCCAAAAUUUAUUUAAGAUUU